ACGGGAUCGGAUCUCUAACAUAAGGCGCCGGACAUUGCAACGCCCACACUUCUCCCUCCUCAACAUGCCUUCUGUAGCUUCUGACGGGUGCAAGAAACGGGCUUCGAAUAGAGCGACCGUCGCGGGUAUCGUAGAGGAUCACCGCAAGCUUCCUCGUAACCGUGCAACCAAGUCUUGUCUGAACUGUUUCAAAUCAAAGAGAAUGUGCGAUCGGAAACGGCCCUGCACCCGAUGCACCCAGCUCGGCUUGACUGGACUUUGUGUCUAUGAAGUCGACGAUCCUGACCGCACACGCGACAAUGAAGGGGAUAUACCCCAUCUCCAACGUAGGAUAGGCGAGCUAGAGAGUAUUAUUCGCGAGCUAAAAAAUAAACCGCAUCCUCGAUGGGCAUCUCCAUCAGAGCCAUUCGAUAUGGGUGCAGGACUCCGCAAUUUGGGCCCUCCAACUCCGUCACCUACUGUUAGCUCCCGCUCUAUUUCAGGGAGCGUGUCUCCACCGACGUGCACGACACCAGCGAGGGGACUUCCUGGCGUCGGUCUACCUCCUGGGGUCGACCAGGAACUGAUGGUACUUCUCAGGGCGCUGAACCAAGCACCCAGUACCCAUUUCGAGGACCCCGCAGGGCCCAGCCAGUUCAACUUUGUCGGCCAAAUAGCGGACGAUGCAUGCGGGAUCGGAUUCGUACAAAACGGCAAACAAGCCGUGUGCGCGUGCGUCACGGAACCUGCCAACUAUCACGUACUAUUGGAACUCUCACUGCGCCUUCGUCGCGCUGCCAACAUGCUCUCAUAUUCCGCGCAGCACGCAGGGAGUACGACCUGUCCACUUCUUCAGCGUAUCGUCGAGGUGGAUGCCUUGAUAAACGAGACGCUGGGAAACACGCAUACGAUUCCGUCGUCAUCGUUUGCCUACCCAUUUGGUGCAGGUGACGCGAGCCCUGUGUUCGCCGCACACAACCCAACAUUGGGCAGCUCGCCGCCAGGCACACCCUCGUACAUGCCAAGCGCUGCGGAUUCCAGCUCGGUCCCAGCGGGCCAUCGGCCAUUGCAGUCCCCUCAACUGUAUAGCUUCCCUUGCCACACUCCACCACGAAGGCAAAACGACUCAGUUUCAUGGGCUUUGUAUAAUCAGGACCCACAUGUGUUGCAUCAUGACUGACAUAGCUAACAUCUUUAGCAGCCUGCCUUCGCAUGUAUUUAGUGGGUAUAUAUUGAUAUGCACGUACGCUUCAC